UAUGGAAAACUUUCAUCACUAGACUUGAAGCUAAGCUAAGCAAAUUUUAGCUUCGCAAGGCCCUUUUCUUGCUUUCCAAUCUUCCAAUCUUCCCAUCUCCUCAUUCCACCUUCCACCUUCCAUCUCUCCAUUUUUAUGCUCAUGAACAACCAUUUCAUUUCGUUCGCUCCUUCUUUCUAUAUAUCAUGCCACUACAACAAGACUUUGAUUAUGAGGAACUUACCAAUAUCUUAAUUAACAACUUUAAUGUUCUCGCAGAUGAAGUUCAACUUUUAAGUGACAGGAAGACUAUUUUGGAGCACAAGCUCCGGUAUUCACAUUCCCAAGUAAGUUUAACAUACUUUAUUUUCAGUCACGCGCUUCUUAUCCUUUUCAUGAUGUACACAAAUAGCUCUAGAACAAAGCUGCAAAGUAGCAAUGCCGAUAAUCUACCAAAUUUUCUGAAUUUUUGACUCCAUCCUUUUUAUUCUUGAAACAGCUCGGUCGAAUCAAGACUAACAGUCAUCUUCAUAGUAUCAAUCUUUGGCGGAUAAAUAUGCACCCUCAGAUCCUGAAAUAGCUAGUACUUUAGCAAAGCUUCAACUUCCUCCAGAUUCACAAAUAACUAUUCCUGAUCGCGGGGGAUUUGUUCCUUUGCCGCUUCGUAAACAACCAACUUCAAAGCAACAAACUGCAGUUGCAAUAAGGGACGGGAGAAGGGCAGCGCAGCGGCUUGCAGCUAUAUCUGGAAAGUCUGCCGGAUCUACAACUAGUAAAAGUAUAUCCGGUGGGAGUAGUAAUAUGAGAUUGUCCGCACGCCGAACCUCCUUAUCAACUGUUCUCGAACAAGAUUUUACUGUGCCUGGAAAGAAGAGUUCAUUGUUGUGUCCAUUUGUAACUAUGUCUGAAGGAACGAAACCCAUGAAGAACCCAAAUGCUCAGGAUACCAGCACUGGUGAAUCCGAUCAACCUUUGACUCCCGUCGAUACCCAAGACCCUACCCCCCACCACUCCUCAGAUCCUAUAUGUGCGCAAAUGUACGCCGAGACGAUGUCAUCUCAGCCCCCAUCAGCAACAGGCCCUGGAGCUCAAUGUCCAAUUCGUUAUCUUAAUCAGCAUUCACCUGAAGAGAUAGCACGAUACUUUGAAACACACAAACACGAAGUACCCCGCAGUCAUGAGGUUUGCGUCAAGCGAUAUCAGCGAAACGAGGAUGAUGUGAGGAUGCUAGAUGCGAAAUAUGGAAACCUAGUGAGCAUGAUUCAGGGCCUUGGCCAGAAGCAUCAGCCGAUGUUACCUACAAAGGAAGAGCAAGAAGCGUACGAGGUCGAGCGUGCGUCCAACGAAAGAGUGGAAAACUGGGCAAAUAACGUCAGCGUCGACGGAGAUGAAUUGUUGCACGAAACUCAAUCUACUCCUGCAGACGACAGAGAGAGUCGUUUUGACAGGCCAAUGAAAGAGGUUAGGGUUGGCGAAUCUCCGAGCCGACCAUGGGGGAUUUCUGUUCCAAUCUAUGAUCAACCGUCCGACCAUAGACCUGUAUCUCCACCACCGGCGCCUGUAUCUGUUCCCUUGGACAGUUAUUCAAAGCCUCCCGGAAAGUGUCCUUUUGGACAUACUGCGGAAUCGAAUGCAGAACCAAAAUUAACACGAGAAGUGCCCACGACUCCAGUUGAAGCAGGCAGGCCAGCAGAUUGUCCUUUUGGCCAAGGUCAAACGGCCAAGGACGAAACACCCUUCACGAACUACAACGCACCGCCUGUAUUUCACGACCGGCCGGCCUUCAUUCAACUCGAGCAACUUCAGGCGCAGGGUAUUGGGCCGAAGAUGGUUUUUACAGGGCCCGUAUUUAUAGGGUAUCCGAUUGAGCAAGCAAUGGCGUUUAUGAAGCAGUAUCAGGCACAGACUACAGAAUGACUGAUUAAAUGAUGUAACGAGGAGACAUUUAUAACGACUGAUUUUGGUAUUUACCUUUUAGCGAUGGAGUUUUAGCGUUGCAUAUUAAAUGGAUGUAAAUGUAAAUGGCGUUCUUUUACAGGAGCACAAAUAUGUUUUCUGCACAACACACAGAUUCCUGACCAAGGAAAGCAGCUCGGCAGGCAGGCAUGCUAAGUAGUUCAAGAACUUUAUAGCAAAAAAAUGCAAUACCACGGAUCAAAUGAUCAGA